CGCGUUGAGACGGGCCCGCCCUCGUUGCCUUCAGCAGGAAGAACGGUGGCGACGCGGCGUAUUUACAGUCCGACUGUACCGAGCAUCGGAAACGAGGUUAUUUUAACUAAAAGUGGAAGAUAUCAGCCCGUCUUCAGAGUGUCACGUGAGACUGACAAAGGGGGAGCUAACCGGACAGCUAACCGCUAACGUUAGCCGUUAGCCGUUAGCUCGGUGCCGGCAGUGCCCGUCUGAGUGAGUCGUUGCAUGGGGGUGUGACGGCGUGUCGGCCAUGAUGAGCGCGGAGCCGGACGCCCUGGCUGUGGUCAACCAGCUCCGGGACCUGGCCUCCGACCCCAUGAACCGCCGGGCCAUCGUCCAGGACCAGGGCUGCCUGCCGGGCCUCAUCCUGUUCCUGGACCACCCGAACCCCCAGGUGGUCUACUCCGCCCUGCUGGCGGUCCGGUACCUGGCAGAAUGCCGAGCCAACCGGGAGAAGCUGCAGGGGGAGCUGGGGAUGAUGCUGAGUCUGCAGAACGUCAUCCACAAGUCCACGACUCCCGGGGAGACCAAGCUGCUGGCGUCGGAGAUCUACGAGCUGCUGCAGGCGGUCGGCAGCGACGGCGCCGAGCCGGCCGAGACCUCCGUCGGCAGCCGGAGGAAAGCCCAGUUCUUCUUGGGGUCCAGCAACAAGAGGGCCAAGACCGUGGUCCUGCACAUCCAGGGCCUGGACGACCCG